GUUGCAACGUAGUAUUUUUUUUCCCAAAGGGAAACCCUUUUGACUUUCUGUUAGCAAUUCGUUCAAGAACUUUUCCGUCGGCAGAUUUUUUAUUUCUUCAUUUAUUUCUAAUACGACGCAAAAAUGGGCGUGCAAGGCCAAAACCCGUCGUUCGUGCUGCAGAAGCAGGAUGAGUUCAAGUUCGAAGACCGGCCCGUUCCCACGUUGGACGACGAUCCGCACGAUGUCCUCAUCGAAGUAAAGUAUACGGGUAUCUGCGGCAGCGACGUCCACUACUGGACACACGGCCGCAUUGGUUCCUAUGUCGUUGAAGGCCCGAUGACGCUCGGCCACGAAUCCGCCGGCAUCGUUCACAGCGUUGGCAGCCACGUCAAGACGCUGAAGCCGGGCGACCACGUGGCGAUGGAACCCGGUGUACCGUGCCGGCGCUGCGUGCGCUGCAAGUCCGGAUUCUACAACUUGUGUCCUGACAUGCGGUUCGCUGCCACGCCACCCAUCGACGGGACUCUCACGCGGUACUAUAAGCUCCCGGAGGACUUUUGCUACAAGUUACCCCACGGCAUGACGCUGCAGGAAGGCGCCUUAAUGGAGCCUACAGCAGUGGCGGUUCAUGUGUGUAAGCAGGCAGAGGUCAAGCUGAAGGAUACGCUCGUCGUGUUUGGCGCCGGCCCGGUCGGUUUGCUCUCGUGUGCUGUGGGCAAGGCCUUCGGUGCGUCCAAGGUCAUUUGCGUUGAUAUCAAUGAGGAGCGUCUGAAGUUCGCAAAGGAGUAUGCAGCAACGGGAGUAUAUCAGAGCCAACGCAUCCCGGCCGAAGAGAACGCGCGGAACAUCAUUGACCAGUUCGGCCUUGGAGAGGGUGCCGACUGUGUAAUUGACGCUACAGGCGCGGAGCCGUGCAUACAGACAUGCGUUCACGUUCUUCGGAAGGGCGGCACGUAUUGUCAAGCGGGCAUGGGUCCCUCCGACAUUACCUUUCCGAUUGGCGCGCUAUGCGGCAAAGAGCUCACCGUGAGAGGAUCCUUCCGCUACAAGAGUGGUGACUAUGCCGUUGCGCUCGAUCUCGUGUCUUCAGGUAAACUCAACGUCAAACCGCUUAUCUCGAAGACGGUCGCGUUCGAGGAGGCCGAACAGGCUUUCCAUGACGUCAAGGCUGCAAGGGGGAUUAAAAUACUGAUCGAGGGACCUGUUGUUCCAUGAACGUGGGUUUUAGGAACCGGGGGAAAAAACCGGGCGGGUGGACGGAUGUUGUUAGAUUCAAUAAACCAUCAUCCAGUAGCAUGGAUGUCGUAGUCUUGUCCGUCAUGGUUUGAACCUCAGGACCCUGCAUUCAGUUGCCUUACUCUGUCAAAGGAAGAUUUCACAUCCA